GACGCACCUUGCUCUACUAUGGGAAAAGACUCCUGAGACCCACCGGACAGCAGAGGAUCUGUUAGCACGCAGUGUGGAGCAGCAGUCAGGAUGAUCCCAGUGAAUGAAUUCAGAAACAUUGCCUCAGAACAAAAUCCACAGUUUCGGGUCCUGAAGCCGUGGUGGGAUGUUUUCUCAGAGUACCUGUGCAUUGCUAUGCUAAUGAUUGGAGUCUUUGGGUGCACCUUGCAGCUGACCCAAGACAAGAUUGCCUGUCUGCCCAGCCACUUCACCAGUCCAACUCCUGAGGUAAUCGACUGCAGCCACAUCCGGGGCUACAGUGAAAAUGAGUCGUGGGAGCACUCACUGGUCAAGCCCGCUAGCCCCAUCAUUCAGGAGGUGUUUGGACGCAAGAACAACCUGGAUAUACACCAGUAUGUGUUUAUCAACCACUAUUGCUACGAGAGGGCUGUACAUUGGUAUGGGAAGUACUUCCCAUAUCUGGUUGUCAUCCACACUAUGAUCUUCAUGGUAGCCAGCAGCUUUUGGUUCAAGUUCCCUGGGACAUCUUCAAAAAUUGAGCUUUUUGUCACCAUCCUUGGGAAGUGUUUUGAUUCACCCUGGACCACCAGGGCCCUAAGUGAGGUUUCUGAGGAAAGAGGAGAGGAGAAAUUGGUUAUUUUAAGGAAAAAUACUAUGUCAAAAUCCAUCCCAGAUGGGCCAGCAACAGAGGAGGAAACUGCAGGACUUCUUCGUUCCUCUUCUGUCAAGUCCAAUCCAGACAAGAAGAGUCCAGAGCCUCAGCCAGCCGCCUCAGUCUUAGAUAAGAAGGAAGGAGAACAGGCAAAAGCUCUGUUUGAAAAGGUGAAGAAGUUCAGAACUCAUGUGGAGGAGGCUGACAUCCUUUAUGUCAUGUAUGUGCUGCAGACAUCCCUCAAAGUCUUCAAGUUCCUUUUAAUUACUAUCUACAGUGCAGCACUGGUUCCUAACAUUGAGAUUGUUGUGCGCUGUGCUGUUCCCCCUGAAUUGACUGGUUUUGAUAUCUAUUGCUGCAACCACAACAAAGCCCAUCUUUUCUCUAAGCUAGCCUACUGCUAUAUCUGCUUUGUGGGAGUGUAUGGACUGCUAUGCAUCUACACCCUAUACUGGCUGUUCCAUCGACCUCUGAAGGAGUACUCCUUUGAACACGUAAGACUGGAGACAGGUAUCAACGACAUACCGGAUGUGAAGAAUGACUUUGCAUUCCUCCUCCACCUCAGUGACCAAUAUGAUGCUCUUUACUCAAAAAGAUUUGCUGUCUUUCUUUCUGAGGUGAGUGAGAGCCAUCUCCGCCAGGUCAACCUCAAUCAUGAGUGGUCUGCCAAAAAGCUGCGCACCCGUCUUACUAAGAACUCCAGUGACCGGCUGGAGCUCCACCUGUUUAUGUUGCCAGGGCUCCCUGACACAGUCUUUGAGAUUCCAGAGGUGGAGUCACUCAAACUGGAGCUUCUCACCAAUGUAACCAUCUCUGCUAAUGUGGCACAACUAAGUUCUCUUCAGGAGUUAGCACUGAUCCACUGCCCCACCAAGCUCCAGCUUGCUGCUCUGGCCCACCUCAAGGAACAUUUAAAGGUCCUGCGUCUGUCCUUUCAGAGUUUAGAACAGCUGCCUUUGUGGAUGUACUCCCUACACGGCCUGGAAGAGCUACACCUGAGUGGCCCACUAACCAAUGACGUGUCCCGGAGCGCCACUCUGGAUUCCCUUAGGGAGCUUAAAGCUCUGAGAGUCCUCACUCUCCGCAGCAACCUUACUAAGAUCCCACCCAGCGUAGGGGAUGUUGCUUCGCAGCUUCAGCGGUUGUGCAUCUAUAAUGAAGGUGGCAAACUACAAGCUUUUAGCAGCCUGAAGAAGUUAACUAACCUGGCCUCAUUGGAGUUAGUGGGCUGUGACCUGGAGCGCAUCCCAAGUGCUGUCUUCAGCCUGGCUAAUCUCCAGGAGUUGGACCUGAAGGAAAACAAGCUGACCACCGUGGAGGAGAUCCUGAGCUUACAGCACUGUCGGCGCUUGGUGACACUCCGGCUGUGGCACAAUGGCAUCACCUACAUCCCCGAGCACAUCAGCAAACUGCACUCGCUGGAGAUCCUGGACAUCAGCUGGAACAAGAUCCGCAAGCUGCCCUCCAGGAUGUACUACUGCACCAAGCUUAGGCACUUGGAUGUCUCCCACAACCAGCUCACCUCCCUCCCUCCUGAGGUGGGCAUCCUACAGGGCCUUCAGUUCUUCUCUGCAGCUUUCAACUCCUUAGAGUCACUGCCAGAGGAGCUCUUCUCCUGUAAAAGACUUAAGACUCUGGCUCUGGGAAACAACUGCCUGUCCUCUCUUAGUCCCAGAGUGGCCAACCUGGCUCAGUUGGUCCGCCUAGAGAUCAAAGGGAACCGUCUAGAGUCACUUCCACUGGAGAUAGGGGACUGUCCCUUGCUUAAACUCAGUGGGGUUGUUGUCGAGGACAGCCUGGUGGAUCUGCUGCCAGCAGAUGUUCGAAACAGAAUGAGUGACAGCUGAAUAAGAAGAGCUAAGAAGUCUUGUUGACAAGGCUAGCUGUAGUUUUUCCUCUUUUCUUCUUCUUUCGUUAAACAUAGCAUGGUUGUCUGUGACUGAACUGGGCUGGACUUGUACAAAAUGUCCAUGCCAUUAGGGAAUAUCUUUCAUGGAAAAGGGAAACGAUAACCAAAACCAUCAUUGAACAUAAAAGUUUAAGCAAAGACUACACACUUGUUACAUGGGCACUUCUCAGUAAACUAUUUUUUUCUUUCAGAUUUUUUUUUUUUUUUUUUUUUUUUUUUUUUGGCAUUUCUGCUUUGUUUUGUAGUAACAGUAGAGAGAUGAGAAAGCAGGGUAGAGAGGAGAUAACAUGCAGCAACGGGCUUGGGCUGGAAUCGAACCCGGACCGCUGUGGUAAGGACUUUGUCUGUGGUGGAGUGUGUAGUACACACUCCACCAAGUGAGCCACUGGGGUGCAACCUUUUCAGGCUUUCUUACUCAGAAUCAGUCUUUGCCUCAAAUCACUGUAAUGAGUAAAUUAUCUACUUGCACAUUUUGUAUUUGAAAACUUUGUAUACACAUUUUAAUAUAAAUGUCUUUUCAUAAAUAUUUUGCGAUAUAAAC